AUGUCCAUUUUUACCGCUCACCCAAACACCCACAAAUACAAACAUAAAGCAAGUCAUGUCUACCCUCCCCCCCACCAACCCCCUCCAAAAACACCAUCUCCUCUUGCCCCCCUCUCCGUAGAAGAAAUAGUCCCAUACCCCGGCGCAGACUACGAGCGAGAAUGGAUCUUCCCUCCACCUUCAGGAGGGAAUCUUUUAACAACUUCCCCCUCACCUCCAACAUCCAAAAAAGAGCAUUCACACCUCCCCACGCCCCCCGCCGAGUCCAAACCACCAGAGCGUCCCUCGGAGAGUAUACCGAGUCUAACAACGCGCUGGCACAUCCUCUCCCAUAAAUCACGUCUCCUCUCCCUAAAAAUAGCACACUGGAGUAUCAAAUCCCGCGCUUUGAAAGCCGAAAUAUCCCUCACUUCGAAUGCAACCACACUCUCAUACCCAAAACCAAACCCAGCCAUGCCCAACUCCCACAAACGCUCAACCACUGACUCCGACACUCUCUCCAACUCCGACCAGGAUAUACUCACCCCCCUCCUCAACAAACUCUGCGAAUGCACCCCAGUCUCCCAAGCUAUCUCCAGACACAAACGCCUCACCGAAGAAACGAUCCUCAGACACAAACGUCUCGCCGAAGAAGAAAGUCGCUUGAAAUGGGAGAGGGAUGUUCAUCAUGAGCGAUUACGGUUGUUGAAGGAGGAAAGUGAGCGGUUGUGGAGGGGGGUGAGGAAGAUGGAGGAGGAGGAGGAGCGGGUGAGGAUUGUUAGCGAAAUGGAAAAGAGGAAAGGGGAUGGGGGAGGGAAGAGGGUGGCGAGCGGGAGUGGAAGGAGGGUGGGUAGUGAGGGGAGUUUUGUGUGGAAUGGGGAGGAGUAUGAGUUGUGA